CGAGGAUAAGACGGGACCUGUACCCAAACACACUUUCUGCGCACAUCCGUUUCAGCGAACUUCGAAUUUUCCCCGAGAAACUGAAAGAGAAACACAGCAAUUCUAGGACAAAUUCCACUGUAAUUAAGAAAUAGUACCAAGAAGAAAUCAAAACCUUACAGGAAAAAAAAAAAAUAUCCAUGGAGAAACCACCGUCGAGCUCGAACGGCUCGCAAGAGCUUCAGUGCGUAGGGAGAUUGGAAAUCGUCAGACCAAAACCUGUUGGUUUCCUCUGUGGAUCAAUCCCUGUUACCACAGACAAAGCUUUCUACGCUUUCAAUUCUGCUCUCGUUCCCUCAACCGAAACAGUGAGUGCUCCGCGGUAUCGGAUGUUACCGACGCAGACCGAUCUGAAUAUGCCUCCACUUCUUUCUAAUAUGACGGAAAAGGUUCUUCCAGUUGCAGCAACACAACCAAAGACCAGUGGGGAUUUACCUUGGGAAAGUGGUGCUAUUACAUCAAAUCUCACCAGGAAAGGGGAGACCCUUGCUGUUUCUGGUUUGGUGGAGUAUGGAGAUGAGAUAGAUGUCAUUGCCCCAGCUGACAUUAUGAAGCAAAUCUUCAAAAUACCAUAUUCUAAGGCUCGAUUGUCAAUCGCAGUUCGUCGUAUUGGACAGACUCUGGUUCUGAACACAGGGCCUGACAUUGAAGAGGGAGAAAAAUUGGUUAGAAGACACAACAACCGACCAAAUGGUGCAGAUCAAUCUUUAUUUUCGAAUUUCGCAAUGCAUUCAGUUAGGAUGGAGGCUUGUGAUUGUCCACCAGCUCAUCAGGCCCCACCAAAAGAGCAAUCAAACUCAUCUGUUAUUCCUGGGAGAUUCAAUUCCAGUGAGGGAUUGCUUAAGUCUUCGAAUCAUCCAGUGCAAGUUCAUAAAUCCCAGUUUUUUGGGCAGAGUGAUGACAUUGCUCAGGAGGGAGGGUUUGACCAUUGUCCAGAAUACCAACAGGUCAAACAGGAUAAUUUUUUUUGGGGAAGUAAAAAGAACAAGAGAAACAAAGGUCAUGGUGCUGUCAAAAAAGCUACCCAAGUUAAAGAAAAGCCCAGAUCCUCAAUGCAAGAGUCUGAAAAGUACAGAAGAGCUGGGAACGAUGAGUUCUUAAGGGUUUUGUUUUGGCAAUUUCACAACUUCCGUAUGCUCCUUGGCAGUGACUUGCUUCUAUUCAGUAACGAGAGAUAUGUUGCAGUGAGCUUGCACCUGUGGGAUAUGUCACGACAGGUCACACCAUUAACUUGGCUCGAAGCAUGGCUUGACAAUGUCAUGGCUAGUGUGCCUGAAUUGGCUAUUUGUUACCAUCAAGAUGGUGUUGUUCAGUGUUAUGAGCUUGUAAAAACAGAUGAUAUAUUUCUAUCAAAGGGAAUCUCUGAAGAUGGUACACCUGCUUUUCAUCCUCAUGUCGUCCAACAAAAUGGCCUUUCUGUUUUGAGGUUUCUCCAGGCUAAUUGCAAGCAAGAUCCUGGUGCUUAUUGGCUAUACAAAAGUGCAGGAGAAGAUGUCAUUCAACUUUUUAAUCUUUCUGCCAUUCCCAAGAACCAUUCCCCCAAUGAUUGUGAUGAUAGCUCGGCCUCUGUGCCAUCCCUAAUUCAUAGAGGGAGAAGCGAUUACUUACUGUCACUGGGCACUCUCUUGUACCGUAUCGCUCACAGGCUUUCACUUUCAAUGUCUCAUAAUAAUAGGGCUAAGUGUGCAAGGUUUUUCAAGGAUUGUCUCGAUUUCCUUGAUGAGCCAGAUCAUCUGGUUGUACGCGCAUCUGCUCAUGAACAAUUUGCAAGGCUCCUUUUAACUUAUGAUGAAGAGUUUGAUUUAUCAUCUGAAGCACUUCCUGUAGAGACUGAAGUGACAGUUGUUUAUGCUGAAGAAGAAUCCUUGGAUCUUUUUAAUAGUAUUUCUGAACCAAUUCCUCAUGAGAUUGUCUGCUAUCCAGUUGGAGAUUAUAAAACUGAUCCUACUAAAGACACAGAAACUUUUGAUGAUCCUGGAUCAGAAUUUCCUAUGAAGAUGACUAUGGAUGCAACUAUAUCUGCUUCCAGAACACUGAUAGAAUCAGGCGAGUCAGACUUGGGAGAUCCAGUAAUUAAGCAAAGUUCUGGAAACGACAGCUUUGCAGUUUGCAAUACGUCUACCGCUGCAGCUUGUACUGUUCAAUCUGUUGCUGAUCCAAUCUCCUCAAAGUUAGCUGCAGUACAUCACGUUUCUCAAGCUAUUAAGUCUUUAAGAUGGAAACGCCAACUACAAAGUACCAAGCCAGAGCUGGAAAAUGGUAGCAGAACUCAGGAUAAGCCUCCUUCAUCUAUGGAUUUUUCUGUUUGUGCAUGUGGUGAUGCUGACUGUAUUGAAGUUUGCGACAUUAGGGAGUGGCUUCCAACAUCAAAACUUGAUGAUAAAUUGUGGAAGCUUGUUCUUUUGCUUGGAGAAUCUUAUUUGGCACUUGGACAAGCUUAUACGGAUGACGGCCAAUUACAUCAAGCUUUGAAGGUUGUAGAAUUAGCAUGUUUGGUUUAUGGAUCAAUGCCUCAACAUCUUGAAGACACAAGGUUUAUUUCAUCAAUGAUCUAUAGCUUGCCAUCUCAGACGGAAAUUAAUGGCAGAAGUGAUAAGACUAAAUCCUUUGGAGGUGAUGCAUCAAAAGUAGGCUUUAGUUCAGAUGAUGAUUGUCUCACUUAUGAGCGAUUCUCUUCCACUUACCUCUUCUGGGCCAAGGCAUGGACACUAGUUGGGGAUGUGUAUGUUGAGUUCCACAUGAUAAAGAGUAAGGAUAUUGCAAUACAAGCGGAUAGGAAACCUGUUACCAGAGAGUUGAGAAUGUCAUCUGAAGUUUUAAAAGAGGUCAAAAGGCUCAAGAAGAAGCUGGGACAAUCUAACCAGAACUGCAAUUCAUGUUCCUUAGUAAAUUGCAGCUGCCAAAGUGAUAGGGCCAGUAGUGGCAGCAGUGCGAGCAGUAGCACUGGAGAUUCACGCCCAUUAGGUUAUGGCAGAAAGCAGAGCAAAAGAUCGUAUGUCAAGAGCAGCCCCUACUCACUUUUGGGGAACCCUGAAGAUGACAGUAUUCAUGAUAAAGUGGAAAAUGGAACUAGUUCUGAUAGUGGAUACCUGAAGCACGAUCAAAGUGGUGAUACCCUAAUAGGAACUUCUAAUAUAGUGACAAAUGGGCCUGGGGAAAAUACUUUGGAUGCUGGUGUCUCCAAAAGAGUUAAAGGUACUGUGGAAGUAAGGUCAGCAGCAGCUGCUCAAUCCGAUUCUGCUUCGAGAGAAACAACCAAGGUAAAAAAUGGUGGUAUAUUCAAAUAUCUUGGGGGUCCGUUGAUUGGAGGUGCAGAAUACAAUCUUUCAGCUGCCCUAAGCUGUUAUGAAGAAGCUAGAAAAGCAUUGGGUGGAGAUCCUCAUGGUUCAGCGGAACUACAUUCUGUGGCAAAAAAGGAAGGAUGGGUUUGCAAUGAACUGGGUCGGAAAAGGCUUGAAAGAAAACAAUUGGAUAAAGCUGAACUUGCAUUUGCAGAUGCUAUAAAAUCAUUCAAAAAAGUCUCCGAUCAUACUAACAUUAUACUAAUUAACUGUAAUUUGGGCCACGGUAGACGAGCAUUGGCUGAAGAGAUGGUAUCAAAGACAGAAAGUCUCAGAAAACAUGCAAUCUUUAGUAAUGCAUACAACCAAGCACUUGAGACUGCAAAACUGGAAUAUGGUAAAUCACUAAGAUAUUAUGGAGCAGCAAAGACAGAACUAAAUGCUAUUGCUGAAGAAGAAAAUCCCGUGUCGAGCAGCUUGAGGAAUGAAGUAUAUACACAGUUCGCUCAUACAUAUCUGAGGCUCGGCAUGCUUUUGGCAAGAGAAGAUACUAUUCUGGAGGUUAAUGGAAGUGGAGCCUGGGAAGAUUCUACCAGUCCCAGCAUCAGAAGAGCUAAAAAAGAAUUUAGCAAGCAUGAGAUCUCAGCUAAUGAUGCCAUUAGGGAGGCGUUAUCUUUGUAUGAGUCACUGGGUGAGUUACGCAGACAGGAGGCUGCAUAUGCAUAUUUUCAGCUGGCUUGCUACCAAAGGGAUUGCUGUUUAAAGUUUCUGGAGUCGGAUAAAAAGAAAAGCAAUUUGUCUAAAGGUGAAACCAUUAUUCUCCAAAGAGUCAAGCAGUACGCUUUGUUAGCUGAGAGGAACUGGCAGAAGUCCAUUGAUUUUUAUGGGCCAAAGACGCAUCCCAUAAUGUACCUGACAAUUUUGAUAGAGAGAUCAGCUCUUUCACUAAACCUCUCAAGUUCUUUCCACUCUAAUUCGAUGCUGGAAUCAGCUCUAAAUCAUCUGCUUGAAGGACGCCACGUCUACGAUAAAACAACUUCGGAUUCUUUGACAAACGACAAUCCUGAGGUCUAUGCUAAAUUUUGGAGUCAAUUGCAGAUGCUGUUGAAGAAAAUGCUAGCCACGGCACUUUCCACAAGUACAAACAAGUCUUCUCUUAAUCCCCAGCCAACUCCAUCUAAUCGAUCUGGAGACGUUGGAAAGCUCAGGGAGCUUUACAAGAUGUCUUUGAAGACCACAGAUCUCAGUCAGCUGCAUGCUAUGCACAGCUUGUGGACAUCCUAAUCAGAACGGCUUUUACAGUUCACACUUCAUUUCUAAAAUCUUCUGCCAUAUUUAUUAUAUUCAAAAUGUUCGUUCUAUGGUAGUGUAUGGUUUCUCCGCUUAUAAUCGUCAUUUUGCAUGAUAGCCUAAAACCAAUUUGGGAAUAGGAGGAUCUUGGAUUCAGAAGAUUUUGAAGAUGAAACAUGUGACAUUUUAUGUUGAUACGCAGUUUUGAUUAUGAAAUUUUCUGUAUAAAUGGGAAGCACAAGACUUAUGAUCUUGGAUGCAUGGUUCUGUUGGCUAUCUGAGGUUCAUGUUCAAUGUAAAUGUUAUUGAAAUCUUAGUAUGUGGACAUUAUUUUCUUCCCUUCCUUUUA